AUGUCUGAAGUGUUCACAGGUUUGUUAAAGCUUACCUUCGGUUUAGUAUCGAACAAACUUCGUACUUACGGCGCUGAGAAACUCCAAGAUGGAGGUCUCGCUGAUCAAAAGUUUCGAGGUUUGAUUGUUCGUGAAUUGGACGACAUUAAGUCUAAACUUGAUGCUAUGUCGAGAACAGAUUUGUCUGCGAGCAUUAGUUGCUUGCAGCAAGGUAUCAAACGUUUGAUCAUAUCUUUUGGCGAGUCUUCCGAGGAUGGAAACUCCUCCGCGUUUGAAAUACCGAACGCUGGGGCAUGUUCAAUCGAAGCGAAGCCAGCUCAACAGUCGGUGACUGUAGAAGAUGCAGUUGCAUUGGCCACUUCCAUUGGGAAAUUGAAGAUCGUAUCAAAUGAAAGAUAUGAGUCGGCUAAAGAAUCUUUUAAAGUUGCUGGGCAAAAAGCGAUGAACGCAUUUCAUAAUGCAGCGCUGAGUACAGAGGAGAGAAUUUUAGCGAGUAAAGUCCGCAUCGCAAGCGGUAUUCUUGAACAUUUGGACGAUUUGGAACUCGCGGUAAGCGAUUGCUUGCACUGUCUUCAAGAACUGAACGAUAUGCGAGCCAUACAAGAAAUAUUUUCUGUGCACGUGAAAGGAGGAAUGAAAUCUGUCUUUAAGAAAGACUCACGGGCGGAAAUCGUGGAAAGCGUAACGAUGAUCAAUUGGAUCUUGGCUGAUUUUAUCUCGAAGUUUACAAAGCAGAGAAUGGCUGUUUUUGAUUGGCCAAUGGUAAAAUGUGGUAAACGAGUUGUCCAUCCAAUUCAUUGCAAGGAAGAGAGUGUACCAAAUCUGAAAGAAAUGAAAAUAACACCACCUUGGGACAUCGUAGUACUUGAAACGAGCUUGGGUUUCCGACAAUGUGUAUUAAACAAAAGAGGAGAUCUCAUUUAUGCUGACGGCAGACGUCUUCUAAAGCUCGACACAACAACAGGCAAGAUACAGCCGUACUGUAUUUCUCCUUUGGACGACAACACUGAACAUUCUCAGCUCGUUGAUGUAGCGAUCGAUGAAGACGACACAGUGUACGUUCUGUCGGGUGACGAGGAACUGGGCUACACGAUGUCAGUCUACAGUGCAGAAAGAGGAAAUACGCAUCAUUGUUCUUUAGAAUUUCUUAAAGUUCAAGAUUAUUUUAGAAUGUACAUUAAUGUGAACAAAGACAAAAAUAUUGUCAUGGGCUGUGAAUCAGAAAGUAUCAUGGUAUAUUUAUGUAACAGCAAAGGAGAACUGAUAAACAGCUUUGACACAGAUUUGAAGGACCGUGUUUUACGUUCCGUAUCUGUUUCUAGCAAUAAUGAAAUAACACUCGUGACAGAAACGUGCAAUGAUUUUUUAAAAGAUUCAAAUGUACUUUACAUCUACACAGAAAACGGCCAGUUACAAAGGACUGCUAAAUUCCGUCCAAGUGAAGGUGACGAUACCUAUCACUCGUUAUUUUACAACCAAGUCACCAAGAAGAUCAUUGGUCAGGUUUACGACCAUGAUGGCAAAACACUGAUAGAAUGUUUAUCUGAUCAAACAGCUGAACGUGAAUGUUCGUAUUUACUGUGUGAUACAAACUUUCCGGAACGUACAUUUUAUUAUAAAGUUCUCCGCCAUUUAGCAAAUGAUGCUCUUUGUUGGGUCAGUAGGAAGCAUGUCAUUUUUCUUCAAAAACCUCGAUGA